GAAAGGGGAAGCGAGCUAUCAACAUGGCGGUGGCCCGGACGGACGCGAAGGUGGACUGAGAGGCGGAGGCCAGAGGACGCGGCCCAGCUUUUCUUUCUCUCCCCAACGGCCCCUUUUUGCUUUGGGGGGGGCGCUGCUUCCCCUCCUCCUGACCGGGCCCGUCUGAAGGGCUGGGUGAGGGCUCUCCCUCUCCUCCUCCUCCUCCUCUUCUUCCCUCCUUCGAGGCUGUUCUUCCCUUGCUGGGGGCGGGAGGGGGGAAAUAUCCCUCUCAAUAACGGGUCACCCCCACUUCCUCCCUUACCCUGAAGUUUGGUGGGCUGGCCUUCUCCCCCCCCACUUCCAUCCUCUCCGAUUCUUCUGACGACCCUUUUUCUUCCCCAAAUUAAGCGCCUCGGUUUUGAAGCUUGCCCCCCCCCUUCCCCUUUCCCGAGAAGAUUGCAAAGCGCUCUUCUUUGCCUUCUCCCCCCUCCAAGAAAAAUUGGGUCUUCAGAGCAUCUCCCCCUUGUUUACCUUUCCCCCCUCCUGCCUCAGAUUCCUCUGUUAGAAAUUGGUGGGGUUCACCAAUUCCCCCCGUUUAAAUAAAGAGACCAUAGAAGUUUCGCAGGCUCCCCCCCCCGCCCCCAAUGUCAUCCCCCGAGAACGGUCUGUCCCCUUUCUCUAAUUUGUCCUGGCAAAGUUCCUCUUUCUGCCCAACGUAAUUCCUAUUCCCCCCCCUCCCCUUGUGAUUUGACAGCCUCCUUCCCUAUCUUGCCGAAUCCCUCUUCUGCCAAUUGAAUAGUCGUGUCCACAAUCCCAUCUUUGGACUUUUGGGGUUCUGGCAUCCCUGAUCUGUUUAACCUUGAAUCUCUUACUUUCCCCCAUUUUGACUGAUAACACCUUGGUCCCCUGGGAGAGGCAAAUCUGCUGCCAGUUUUUCCUGGCUUCUCCUCAUGCUAUUUGUCUUCCCUAACUAACUCUGAAGCACUUUUAGGUCCUCUUUGAGGGUUGCCUUCCUACCAUCAAGAACUCUUAUAGGGGGUUUGAUCAGUUCGCCCAUCUGUUCACCUCUUGCUGAGCUACUAACCCUUUCUUAGUUGUUUCCAAAUUAGUGCAUCUUUCAUGUCAAUCCAUUUAAGGACCAUUUGUCUUCUAAUUCAGACUAUGGGCUACUUUGUUGUGGGAUAGCUAUUUUCUGGGUUUUUUUCUCCCCCUGUACCAGUUUGGGAGGUGAAUUUAUUGCUUAAGUGCUUUCUCCGAUCAGCAGACUUGCUUAGUACCUUGAAAUUAAAUUUAUAUGUGGGAAACUGGAGUCAAACUCUUCUAAGAGAAGACUGCAAGAGAAGCCUUUGAAAGCAUUCCUAUCAACCCUCUGCACCUUCGCCAACUCAGGAUGUCAGAGAACCAGCCCAACAACACCCAUCAUCCAAUGAACAAUAAUGGGGUGGGUGGGGCCCCCGCUGGCAAUAACCGAGGGGUCCGCAAUCUCAACCAGAACCCUCUCAUCAAUGUUCGGGAUCGCCUCUUCCAUGCCCUUUUCUUCAAAAUGGCUGUCACUUACGCUCGCCUCUUCCCAUCAUCUUUCCGUCGCAUCUUUGAAUUCUUCAUACUCCUUAAGGCUCUCUUUGUCCUCUUCAUUCUGGCAUACAUUCACAUCACCUUCUCCCGUUCCCCCAUCAACUGCCUGGAACACGUCCGAGAUAAAUGGCCACGGGACGGCAUCCUACGAGUUGAGAUCCAGCGCAAUUCUAGCCGUAACCCCGUUUUUCUCCAGUUCUGCGAGAGUGAGAGGUUUCCAGGCAUGGUGGUUGAGCCUGCUGUUGGGGAAGAGGAGGAGGAGGAGGAGGAAGAAGAAAUGACCGUGGAGAUGUUUGAGAAUAGCUCCAUCAAGUUUGAUCUGGAUAUUGAACCCAAGAUCUUCCACAAGGCAACUCGGCUGAGUAAUGCCCACAUUUUGUCCCCCAACGAAAGCCAAGAAUUCUCCUUCGGCAGCGAGCCAGCCGCUAAAGGUAUGCAGCUUCUCAGCGAGACUGUGUCCGAAUUUGAGAUGCUAGCCAAAGCAGUGUGGCCGCAGGAAGAAUACAUUGUGGAAUAUUCCUUUGAGUACGGAUUCCUCCGCUUAUCCCAAAGCACCCGUCAGCACCUGAGCAUUCCUGUCAUGGUGGUGACUCUAGAUCCCACACGGGACCAGUGCUUUGGAGACAGAUUCAGCCGUCUUUUAUUGGAUGAAUUCCUAGGAUACGAUGACAUUCUCAUGUCCAGUGUGAAAGCCUUGGCUGAAAAUGAAGAGAAUAAAGGUUUCCUUCGCAAUGUAGUCUCUGGAGAACACUAUCGUUUCAUCAGCAUGUGGAUGGCCAGGACUUCCUACGUAGCGGCCUUCGUUAUCAUGGUGAUCUUUACUCUGUCUGUUUCCAUGCUGCUGCGUUACUCACAUCACCAGAUCUUCGUCUUUAUCGUGGACCUGUUACAGAUGCUGGAAAUGAACAUGACAAUCGCCUUCCCCGCAGCUCCUUUGCUGACCGUCAUCUUAGCUUUAGUAGGCAUGGAGGCCAUCAUGUCCGAGUUCUUCAAUGACACCACCACGGCCUUCUACAUCAUCCUCAUUGUGUGGCUGGCCGACCAGUACGAUGCAAUUUGCUGCCAUACCAACACAAGCAAGAGGCACUGGUUGAGGUUUUUCUACUUGUACCACUUUGCCUUUUAUGCCUACCAUUAUCGUUUCAAUGGGCAAUAUAGCAGUUUAGCCUUGGUAACUUCGUGGCUUUUCAUACAGCAUUCCAUGAUCUAUUUUUUCCACCACUACGAGUUGCCAGCCAUCCUCCAACAGAUCCGGAUCCAGGAGAUGCUGCUCCAGAACCAGCAGGUGGGGACCCAGACGACUCUCCAGGACAACCUCAACAACAACACCACCGUUGCGGCAACCAAUUCGGCUGAGCAGCAGCCCCACCUGGACGCCAGCACGGCUGGGGCAGGAGACGGGUCCCUGGCUUCCGGGGAAGGCCACCUUCCCCCGGCCUCCAGCCCUGGCGCCUCCCUGGGGAAUGACUUGAGUUGGGUGGCAGAGACAGCAGCCGUCAUCACAGAAGCCUCCUUUCUGUCCAACCUGGGCAGUUCCUUUUUGGACUCCAGGGCCAGUCCAGCAGUGGGGACUGGUGGCGGGACUUUGCAGGACCUGGAGCCCGCUCCGAGCACGAUGACCCAAAGUUUAUUUAGUAGUGACCAUACAGAAGUGGUCUCUGCCACUAUUGAGCCCACGUCACCCGUUGGGACUUCUGUGACCAACACACCUCCUGUUAGGGCCCAUUCAGAGCUGGAAGAUACUCCCCAGCCAUCCGAGAGUUCAGCAGGCCGUGCUGAGCCUCUGAAGACGGACUCCUUGCAAGAUUCAGCUUUAAGGGGGCUCCCGAGUCCGGCAUCUGAAGGGCUUGCCGAGCAGGAUCCCACGCUGCUUUCCCCAGAAAGUACGAUCUCCUGAUUCCCCGCAAAGCUGCUGCUUCUCCUGACUCUGUAGGAGACUGGAUGGCUUUCUGACUGCACAAUUUGUUCUCCGUAUCAAGUUCCUCUGAGAGAAGAAAGAGGCAGAGCUAGAAUGUAAGAUGAAGAGAGAUAGAGGGUCCUCUUCUCUCCCGCCUUCCAGGUACCAGGAAAGGGGGAAAAAAAAAAAAAGCUGAAUAAAAAAAGAGAGGGAAGCAAUUGUAGAUGUUAGUCCCUGCAUCGGAAUCGAAUCUUUUUGCAAGAAGCGAUUUCUGCAUCUUUCUCAGUGAAUUGCGUUAAGACCCAAUUUCUCAUCUCCACCCCACUCUGCAAUUUCCCAGACUGCAUGGAAUCACGGGACUCCCUCUUGGUAUCUGCUGGAGAUCUUAAUUGGCAUUUAGACCCUUGUGUUUGCAUUCAGUUUUGUCUGAAAGGGUGCUUGGAAACGCCGGGGGGGGGGAAUGGGUAUCAUGACAAAAAUGUUUUGGAUGCAACUCGGAAUUGGGCGGGUGGCCGGUGCAGUUAUAAAGAAAAAUUGAUCCUCAAGCGGAAGACACAGCAUGGAAAGUUGCCAUGAACUGGCUCCAGGAUUAUCAAUGAGAAUUAUUAUUUGAGAGGUCUUAAAUAAUUGAGUCCUUAAAAAAAAAAAAAUCCUUUGUAUGGUUUGGACUGCAUCUAUAAACACCGUGUUAAUUUCUCUCAUUUUUGUCUAAAGAGGGUUGUAGAAGAUUAUUUAAAUAAUAUAACAGGCUUGUGGGGGGGGGAGUGUCUUGUCCCAUUUCUGCCCCCCCCCCCAUUCCCCAUCCUUCAACCCAGAUCCUUUUCUUCAUGCAACCGUGGAGCUAGGCCUGCCCUGAGGAAAAGAUGGGAGCUUUGCCGUUUUUAUUACCUCAAA